AUGACUCCUCUCAGAAUUAAGUCUUCUUCUCGUAAAUCACCUGAAAAGCAAGAAGAACCUGACGAUUACUAUUUAAGAAAUACCGCAGCAUCAUCAAACCUACAAAUGUCUUAAUCUACUCAUUAGAGAAUCGGAUUAGAUGAUCUAAAAAAUAGCACGAGACCUCAAGAUAGAGAUUAUUAUCGCAGAAAUCAUAGAUUAACUAAUACAAUUAGAGAUGAUGAUGAGAAUUCUAAAUCAGAUUAUCACGCACUGAGACGUAAAUAAAACUCAAUGACCAGAAGAAAUAGUGAGAAAGAGGAAUUAUAUGCUAAAAUGGCAAGAGAUCUAUUUAGAGAAAAUUAAGAAAAGGAUAUGGAACUUGAUCGAUUGAGGAAAGAAUAAGCUGAAAGAGACAAAAGAAUUGAAAAAGAUCUAGAGAGAAUAAGACUUGAGAAAGCGAUGGAGGAGCAAAAGAGAAAAAUGGAGCUUGACAAACUCAGAUCCAAAACAGAAUUCAAAUUGAAAACAAACCCCUCAGAUAAUAAAAUGACAAAGCUUGCUCUAUAAAUGCUGUAAGAUGACUAAAAAAACGUGGAUAACUUAGCUUAGUCCUUAAGAAAUUAUUUAGAGUACUAAAAUGAUAAGGAAAAAGCAGCUUAAGCUAGAGAGAAUGCACUUAGAAACAGCAUAAGCAAACUCAAGAAGCAAAAGACUAAAAAGAGAAAAGCUCUAAGUAUAGUUAAUAAUGGAGCUAGCUAUACUCAAUGGACAUAAGGUUUCUCAAGAAAAACAACAUAAUUUGACCCUAAUUCCUAAACAUUGUAUGAUCCAUUAAACAGAUCAGGUCUUCCUGAUAAGCCUAAAGAUAGUCCCAGAAGAGAAUCUACUUAAAGGAUUAACGUUGAUAGGUCGAUGCUACUACAUACUCCUGAAGCUCCACUUCUUAGUUUGGAGAAGAAAAUAUCAAGUAUCGUGCAGGCAGGAUCAAAUGUCUAAAGAAAGAUCUCUACUGUUUCAUUCGCGGACUAAUCUCAAAAUCUUGCAAAACAGCUUUCAAGAAAGCCCUCCCUUAAUAAAAUUGCAUCAUAACCUGCUCCUAGUUUAAAAAAAUAAAAGACUAAUACAAAUGCUGGAACACCUAAAUUCGAUGUACCAGAGCUAAAUCUAAACAAAAUUAGGUCUGAGGCUUAAAAGAGGACACCCUAUCUUUAAAAGGUAACUUCUCAGAAGACUUUAAAGAAAUAAGGUCUCUAGUCUAAAGUCUCAAUUAAUUCUAGAUAAGUUAAUAUGCUUGAACCACCUGCAAGGGUAUAAAGUGCCAAGAAUUAGAAUAAGCAGCAAAAUAUCAACAAUGAAGCAUCAUUUUUUACUGUAGAAAAUCUUGAUAGCAUGUCUGAAAAUUCUGAAGGAUUAAAUGAUCAGAAUAGACUAAGUGAGCUAAUCAAUCAAGUUGUGUAGACCCAAAAGAAUAUUGAAGAAGUAGUGAUAAAAGGUGCUAAGGAGUACGAGGAGAACUAGAAAAACCCUAAACUCGAGGUCAUUUACAAUGAAAAGGAGAUGGAGCUCAAAAAGUUUUUAGAGAUGUGUACCAAACACUACAAGAAAUGCGACUAAUUUGUAGAAGAACUCAAGUGA